GUAACAUAAGCUGCGACCGGCUUCUCUGAACGCUCAGCUGAUAUAGUUAGGUAUAAAUACUCGCUCAGGAUGUCAAUAGUCAAUUAAUCCAAGCUUGCAAUUUACAGCGCUUACUUCACAGUUCAAACAUUUUGAAAACGAAUAAGAUGUUUCUUAAGUUGUUCAUUCUCGCCAUCGCCCUUCUGCACGUGCACGGCCUGGUCGAGCUCCAUAAUCCACAUGAGGAACAUGGUCCAGUCGCUUAUGACUUCCAAUAUGCUGUGCACGAUCCUCACACCGGCGAUAUUAAAUCACAGAAGGAGUCACGCAAGGAUGAUCGCGUUGAGGGUGUUUACGAACUGAUCGAUUCCGAUGGCCACCAUCGUGUCGUACACUACAAAGCCGAUGAUCAUAGCGGCUUCGAGGCUGUUGUUUCGCGUGAACCGACCAACAUCAAAAUUCCAAUUCCCGAAGUGCAUCAUAAAUUAGUUGCCACCAAGAUUUUGGCACCGGCUUUGCUGCAUCAUCAUUAGAACAUCGCAAAAGGAGUGACAUGAAACCACCAUACACGUAUAUUAAAUAUUAUAGAAAUCCCCGAUAGGACGGUCUUGUGUGAAUGUCGAAGCUUCGUGGCGUCAAUCAUGCAUAUUUGUGGAACCCAUUGCAUUUACUCAUAUUUACACUUGCAUUUGUAUGUUUAAGUCAUCAAUUCUAUAUAAUUAGCUAAGUUUUAAUGGAGUUCUUAAGUCAAAUUGUGAAAGUAUCCCUUCUGUGCCAUUUCAUUAUAAUGAUAUUUGUAAAUAUUACUGCAAUCACCCAUUAAAUAUGCCAUGCAAAUGUACAUACUAUACAUAUAUUGAAAUAUAAAUGCGUCAAUGUAAAGAAAAUAA